AUGUCGAACGGAGUGGUUGCGAAUGCCAUCUGGCGGAGGUCUAUGGCCGGAGGAAUGAGGGGCUUCGCGUCCGCUAGCUUGCCCAUGCGCGCCGGACAAAGAGUGCGACUCAUGCAGGGUGUCGGUCGAAGCGGCAACGAAGAUGGCGCCUUCCACGAUGCUCCUGACUGGGAAUACGCUGCUCCCCCGUCGCGGAAGCAGAUUGUUUGGAUGACCAAGCGACAGGAGACGGAAGAGCGAAUCCAGCGCCUGCGUGAGGAGGUGAUGGAGAUGGAACAGAAGGAGCUCGAGCGCCAGUCCUUUUACAAAGACGAGUAA